UCCGCAGGCUUAUUGUAUAAAGCUUGACUUGCGCAACUCGAAACGAUACACUCCAUUCAGAGACUUUUAUUUGGAACGCAUAUAGGCCUUCCAAACGAUCAGUGUCCACAGGGAGAGAGGGUUUCUUUGCAACCACAUCUUUUUUCUUACCAGAACACUCGGAACCAUGGUUCGCUCCACAGUACUCUCAUCCGCACUGGGGCUUCUCAGCCUUGUGUCAGUAGGAGCUGCUGCUCCACUAGACACUCGUGUCGAUGCAGCCAACACUGUAAAGGUGAUGCCUUUCGGUGCAUCUAUCGUCGAGAUUACAUGUUGGCGCGCAUAUCUUUGGAAAAAGCUCCAAGACUCUGGCAUUACCAACAUCGACUUCGUUGGCUCCCACGGCACACCCGCAGCAGGCUGCACCCUCAACGGCCAAUCGGUCAACUUCGACAAAGAUAACGAAGGCCACUCAGGCGCAAAAGUUACAGAUUACGCAAACAACAACUCACUACCUCCGUGGCUCUCCGCCGCGAAGCCAGACAUGAUCAUCAUGCACGUUGGGACCAACGAUGCCUCAGCCAACAUCUCGACCGCCAAGGUUUUCUCCGCAUACGACAAGCUCAUCGGCCAAAUGCGCGCCGCAAAUCCACGGACCACCUUGAUCGCGUCAAAAUUGAUACCCAUAGAUCCUAACCUCUUCGGCCAGUCAGUCGCCGACAAGGUCAAGGACUACAACUAUGCGAUGGAAGGCUGGGUCAAGAGGACUACCACAGCAAAGAGUCCCAUUGUGCUGGUGGACCUGAACACUGGGUUCGACUACAAGACGAUGACGCGAGAAGGCGAGCAUCCCAAUGAGAAGGGGGAUGUCUUCAUGGCGGAGAAGCUUUUCCCGGCGGUGAAGGAUCAGCUGGUGGAGUUGAGCGUGCAGAAGAUGAUGGGGGAGCAACGGUGAGCAGUGGGUCCGUGUGUGGUGUGUGUUUACGAAUUACGUCUUGCAUUUGGCUUUAGCAUUGGUGUUGGUGGACUUUUGUGUAG